AUGGUCGUUGGGGAGGGGGCGGCGCCGCCGCCGAGGAAACACGGCGGGCCGGGGCAGCCGUGGCUGGACCAGGAGACGGCGUUCCUGAUCGAUGCCUACGAGGAGAGGUGGUACGCCCUAAAGCGGGGGCAGCUCAAGGCCCACCAGUGGGAGGAGGUCGCUUCCGGCGUUGCCGCCCGCCUAGGGUUAAUCAGGCCCCCCAAAUCCGGGACUCAGUGCCGCCACAAGAUCGAGAAGCUCCGCCAGCGCUACCGUGCCGAGCGGCAGCGAUCGGUGCCAUCGCGCUGGCCCUUCUUCGAGCGGAUGGAGCGCCUGGAGCAUGGCCCGUCGCCUAUCUCCGUGCGGCCUCCACCGCCCCAUCCGCUGCCGGUUGCUGAAGGGCACAAGGAAGAGGAAGAAGAGGAGGAGGAGGAGGUGGAGGAUGAGGAGGGGAGCGAGGGAGUCGACGGCAGCGGUGAGGAUGGAGCCGAGGAGGAAGACGACGAGGAAGAAGAGGAAGAAAAGUUUAAUGGUAACACCAGGAGGAUCAAUGGGAUACUGAACGAAGACGAAUUGCUCCACCCGAAGAUUUCAAGAUCCAAGAGGUACGGGGGGGAAGACAGCAGCGGGGACGGGGAGAGAGGGGCGCUGAGGGAACUGGUGGUGACGGUGAAGAGGUUCAGGGAAGGGUUCGUUAGAAUGGAGAUGAAAAGGAUGGAGUUGAUGAGGGAGAUGGAAAGGGACUGGAUUCAGAUGGAGACCCGAAGGGCGGAAAUGCUGGUCGACUCCCAGAGGCACCUCUUCGACACCAUCUCAAGGGCUGUUCGAUCAAUCAAGAAGCCCAAGCACUCGCCGACAACAUGA